CGGGAGCGCGUUCACUCAGUCUACAGUCGGCAUUCGCGAGCAGUGCUCUCCAUCGCCGAGUUAUCGCAGUCGUCGUCGACGUCGUCGUCGUCGUCGUCGUCGACGCUCUUCGUACUCCCGCCGUCCAUCAUGCUGGACGAUCCGGCGGGCCUAGAAAAUUCCUCGGACUGGAGGAUGCUCCAGCCAUUGUACGUGAACUCAACUUACUCCCCUCUCGAUGACUUCUGCGGAUCUAAGUUUUGGGAUUUGAAUGUCACUUGGAACACAGACCACCCUACAUUCACUAGAUGCUUCCAGCUGACUGUCCUGGUGUGGGCCCCAUGCAUUUUUCUGUGGGUGCUGGGGCCCAUCGAAGCAUUUCCACUAGCGCGGUCCGGAGCUCGAACUCUCCCAUGGACCUGGCUGAACGUGUCGCGCUUGGCGCUGUGCGCGGUGCUGUGCCUGGUGUCGGCGGCCAGCGUGAGAUUGCUCUCUCCCGCUUCCAAUCGCGCUGUGCGCAGUGGUGUCUGGUGUCGGCGGCCGGCGCGAAGAUUCCUCUCUCCACCUCCCAAUCCUAACCAUUUACGUUCAGCAAUGCUCCACCGUCACUCUGUACCGUUGGCCCAGGCGCUGUGCGCUGUGCUGUGUCUGGUGUCGGCGGCCGACACGGGCUUCGAGUCGCGCCAGCUGGCGGCGCGGGUGGCGUCGCACGGGGCCGACUACGUGGCGCCCGCCGUGCGCCUGCUCACCUUCGCCCUGGCCGGGAUGCUGGGCGUGUGGCACCGCGCGCGCGGCCGCCGCAUCUCGCCCGUGCUCUUCCUCUUCUGGCUGGCGCUCACCCUGUGUGGCGUGCCGCAGCUGCUCCACGAGAGUCGCGCGCUUGCUGACCAGGACGGCAGUAUCUUCCGCUCCGCGAGCUUCGUGGCAACGUGGUGCGCCACGCUCCUGCAGCUGCUGCUGGCCAGCUUCGCCGACGCCGCCCCGCGGGAGCCCAGCUUCCCCGUGCAGGAAAACCCGUGCCCGGAGGAGAGCGCAUCGUUUCCGUCGCGGCUCUUCUUCUCGUGGUGCACGGCCAUCGUGUGGCGCGGCUUCCGCCGCCCGCUGGAGCUGUGCGACCUGUGGGCGCUGCGGCCUCAGGACUCCACCCGGGAGGUGUUCCCGCCCUUCCGCGCCCUGCUCCGGGGCGCGCUUGCGGAGGGCGGCGAGGGAGCACGGAGGGAGGCAGGGGGAAUACGAAGGCGAGGGAAAGGGGUGGGCGAGGCGCAGGGCACGGCGUCGCGCGCGGGCGGGGGGGGCUCCGGGGAAGCUGGGCGUGAGGCCGGGGUGGCGGGCCGAGUGGCUAGGCGGGAUGGAGGGCCGUUCCAAGCGGCGGGGCUGGUGGGGCGAGGCUGGGAUCGCUGGCGCUUGCUGCUGGAGCUGCCGUCGAGAGACGCGAACGUUCAGCGGAGCGGAGGCCGGGCUACCAACGGAGUAGCAGCAGGGACUCCUGCUGCCAGAACGCACGACAAACCGGAAGUGACGUCGGUGCUUCCUGCGCUGGUGCGCUGCUUCGGUCCGUUGUUCCUGGCGAGCUCGGUUAUAAAGCUCGGACAAAUAACCCUUAAAUACACGACGCCUUCGCUGCUGAGCCUGCUCAUCGAGUUCGCGAGCAGCGAUGAGCCCGAAUGGCGAGGCCUCCUGUACGCGAUCCUGCUGCUGGUUGCGGCCAACGGCGAGACCAUCUUGUACGGCGCCCAAAACCGCAUCACCAAGAUCGUGAGCAUGCGAGUCAACACCGCCCUCAUCGCUGCCAUUUACAAGAAGGACUUCAAAAAUGUUAGAAUCCCGUGGAAUCGAUCUGGACUGUGUGAAGGAUGUGUGGGCUUCCCUGCGGAACUUCUGCAGCGUAAUCGAAACAACCUUGGCAGCUUGCGGAUGGGCAUUAUCGUGCAACAGAAUGAUCCAAUCUGCAUGGCGAUGCUGGCGGGACUAGGCGCGGUGCUGCUGCUGGUGCCGCUGAGCAUGGUGGUGAUGCGCCGCCUGGAGACGCUGGAGGGCCGCCAGAUGAAGCAGAAGGACACGCGCAUCAAGAUGAUGACGGAGAUCCUGGCCGGCAUGCGCGUGCUCAAGCUGUACGCGUGGGAGCCCAGCUUCCAGGAGCGCGUGGGCCGCGUGCGCGCCAAGGAGCAGGCCGUGCUGCGCACGCGCGCCAUCCUCGACGCGUGCAUCUCGCUCCUGUGGGUGUGCGCGCCCACCGUGGUGGUAACGGUAACAUUUACAACGUACUUGCUGAUGGAUAGUUCCCACGUCCUUGAUGCUCAAAAGGCUUUCGUGUCUCUGGCACUGGUCAACAUGAUUCGCAUUCCAUUGGUGAUGCUGCCCCAUCUCAUCAUAUCGCUUGUGCAGGUCCGUGUGUCGCUGGGCCGUAUCAACAAAUUCAUCAACGCGGAGGAGCUAGAUUCUUCAAGUGUUUCACACGAUGCUGCAAAUCGUAACUUCGCGUGGGCGCCCGAGGAGCCGGCGACGCUGCGCGCCGUGCGCCUGGCCGUGCGCGAGGCGCAGCUCAGCGCCGUGGUGGGGCCCGUGGGCGCCGGCAAGAGCUCGCUGCUGGCGGCGCUGCUCGGCGAGAUGCACUGCCUCAGCGGAGUCAGAGUAGUUGCAGGUGGAGUGCUUCUCAAAAGUCACUUUAGUUUCAGAUCAGUUCGUUUUGCGCAGGGAACUAUAGCUUACGUGCCGCAACAGGCGUGGAUGCAGAACGCCACUCUGCAGGACAACAUCCUCUUCGGUCGGCCGUUGGACAAACCGCGCUAUGAGCGAAUCAUCGACGCUUGCGCGCUGCGCCCCGAUCUGGAGAUGCUGCCCGCCGGCGACCAGACGGAGAUCGGGGAGAAGUUUCGAGCGCGUCUCGACAUUCGAGCGCGCCCCGACAUUCGAGCGCGCCUCGACAUUCGAGCGCGCCUCGACAUUCGAGCGCGCCUCGACAUUCGAGCGCGCCUCUACAUUCGAGCGCGCCUCGACAUUCGAGAGCGCCUCGACAUUCGAGCGCGCCUCGACAUUCGAGCGCGCCUCGACAAUCGAGCGCGCCUCGACAAUCGAGCGCGCCUCGACAAUCGAGCGCGCCUCGACAUUCGAGCGCGCCUCGAGUAUCGCGAAAUGAGAGAAUUUAAGGGCAUCAACCUGAGCGGCGGCCAGAAGCAGCGAGUGAGUCUGGCGCGCGCCGUGUACGCCGACGCCGACGUCUACCUGCUGGACGACCCGCUCAGCGCCGUGGACAGCCACACACGCGUCCUUGUCACUCACGCUGUGACGUACCUGCCUGAGACUGACCAAAUUCUGGUCCUGAAAGAAGGAAAAGUGUCCGAAUCAGGUUCUUACACGGAACUGUUGGAGCAGGGCGGCGCCUUCGCCGACUUUCUUCAGCAGCACGCACAAGAUGGAUCUGAAGAGGCGGAUGAAGAAGAAGGCGAUGAGGAACCCGUUGAUGAAAGAGCAGACGGCUUGGCCAGUGGUGAUGUUCAGAGAGAUUUUAAAAGAUAUAGUAUUGUAUUCGGAAGAUUAAAAUCUGAAUAUCAAGGGGCCGGGGCGGGGGCGGGCGCGGGCGGGGGCGAGGACGAGGACAAGGGCGGCGAGCUGGUGGCUGGCGAGCGCCUCAUCGAAGACGAACACGUGGAGAAGGGCCGCGUCUCGUGGCGCAUCUACUGGCUGUACCUGCGCAGCAUGGGCACGGCCCUGGUGCUGGCGACGCUCGCCGCCAACCUCGUCUACCAGGCCUUCUCGCUGGGGUCCGGCGCGUGGCUGGCGCGCUGGUCCAACGACGCCGACCAGGAGAACCCGGUCUUCUACAUCUGCGUCUACGCCGGGCUCGGCGUCGGCUACUCUCUGGGGUCGUUCCUGUCCGGGCUGUCGCCGCAGCUGGGCGGGUGGCGCGCCGCGUGCACCCUCCACACGCGCCUGCUGCAGCACGUGCUGCGCGCGCCGCUCUCCUUCUUCGACACGACGCCCGCUGGCCGCAUCGUGGCGCGCUUCAGCAAGGACGUGGACGCCCUCGACAACUCCAUCCCCGGCGAGUUCGACAGCUCCGUCGCCUGCACCUUCGAGGUUCUGUCUAUUCUACUUAUCAUCUGCUAUUCAACGCCUAUCUUUCUGGCUGCAGUAGGACCCAUCCUUAUCAUUUACGUUCUCAUACAGCAAAUUUAUGUAUCUACGGCAAGACAAAUGUUUCGUCUUGAAUCAACUACGCGAUCUCCGGUUUACUCUCAUUUCGGAGAAACAAUUACAGGCGCUGCUACUAUCAGAGCCUUUGGGCGUCAGAAAGAUUUUGAAAGAGAGUCGGAAAAUCGUGUUGACACCAAUCAGCGCUGUUACUUCGCAGGGCUAAUGACCGAAACAUGGAUGGAGAUUCGCGUGGAACUGGUGGGCAACAUGGUGGUGUUCCUGUCCGCGCUGUUCGCCGCCCUGGGGCGAGGCCAGGUCAGCCCGGGUCUCGUGGGCCUGUCGCUGAGCUUCGCCCUGCAGGUCACCGGCAUGCUCAACUGGCUCGUGCAGAUCAUGUCCCUGCUGGAGAAGAGUAUCGUGUCCGUGGAGAGGAUCGAAGAGUACUGCAAUGUGCCUCAGGAGGCUCCGUGGGAGCGCCCCAGCACGCGGGACCUGUCCGCGUGGCCCGAGCACGGGGAAGUAUGCUUCGACAACCUGCAGCUGCGCUACCGCGAAGGCCUGGAACUCGUGCUGCACGGCAUCACCUUCUGCGCGCGACCCGGGGAGAAGGUAAGGUCGCGGGGACUCGACUCGACUCGGCUCGACGCGGCCAUGAUUCGUUCACAAUUAGGAGAUUUACCACAAGAUGACCCUGUACUGUUCUCGGGCUCGCUGCGCCUCAACCUGGACCCGUUCGAGCGUCACGCGGACGCCGAGCUGUGGCGCGCUCUCGAGCUGGCUCACCUGCGCGCCUUCGUCGACGCGCUGCCCGAGGGGCUGAGCCACGAGGUGUCGGAGGGCGGCGAGAACCUCAGGCUGGUCUAUUCUAGGACCAUUCGAAGCGAAUUUGCUGAUUGCACUGUUCUCACCAUCGCCCACAGAAUCAACACCAUCAUGGAUUGUGAUAGGGUAUUAGUUCUGAGUCAAGGUCGAGUGGUUGAGUUCGACUCUCCUUCGGCCCUACUGAGGCGGCCGGAUUCUACCUUUUACGGAAUGGCCCGAGACGCGGGGCUGGCAUGAAGCAGUGAGGGCGACCCGUGGGUGGUUGCACAUUCGAAGUUUCGGAAGAGCAGCUCGGACGGCCGAGGUCGGCAGGCGGCGGGGCCGCAAACCCCGAGCUGCCCGAAGCCCGGACUGGAGACUCGACUUCCUGGCGAAGACCGCGCGUGCGGCCGUUCGACCUCAUCUGCAUUGCCUCAACUGCGGGCCAGACGGUGGAAUGGACGACUCGAGAAGCAGUGCAAGCUCAUCAGGCGACGAUUCGAUCUCUUACGAAUGUAAUCGUAUUCAUCACGAACUUUAGUUGCUUUAAAAAAAUAGAAAGAUGUCAAUCAGGGAACUAUCCUACCUCACUUUAAAGAUUAUUCGUUUCCAAUCUAUGAGAUUUGACGCCUGCAACAGUAUUAUUUUAGUUGUUUUAUUAUUUAAUGUUUUAUACUUUUAUAUGUAUUGUUGCAUGGAGUGAUGUAUAAUUUUUGUUAUAAAUAAAUAGAUCGUUCGUGGUGAAAACUGUCGUGGUGAAAACUAUUUU